AUGGGCCCGCCUAGGCUACCUCGUCCAGACCCACCCCCAAGGUUUGAGGGCUGGAACAGGGCACAGUUGAAUGAUUGGAUCUGGGGGUGUGAACGGUUCUUCACCCCUGAGAAUGGCCUCACUACUGGCCUAGCGCAAACUACGUUUGCCAGCGGCUAUUUGGGAGUACACCAGAUAGACCGAUGGGAGAGAGCCAUCCGAGCAUCGUCUACCGACCCAACUAGGUGGGACCAGAACCGCACAUGGGCAGAUCUGAAGGCCACUAUGUUGGAAUCCUUGGGUACAUACUGGGAGAGAGUCACAAAGACAAGAGAAUGCGUGCGAAACGCAAAACAACGCGGCCACACUCCCUCUGAAUUGCUAGACUAUCUGAAGACGCAAUGGGAAGAGAUCAACCCUGACAUGGCAUUGGAUGACAAUGACAAGGGGCACAUCAAUGACUUCUACAUUGCACUGGACUACAAGAUCAGAGCAAGGCUCGAGCUUGCCCCAGUACGAUGGUUGAGUCUGGUUUGA